AUGAGCGUGUGCGAUCUGUCGGUCUUUAGUUUUAUUGAUCACUUAAUAUCGAAGUCAACAUCUCGGUUAACUAUUCGUGGACUCAGUAAUAAAAAGCUGAAAAGGAUUCUGCGGAUUCAGUCCUAUGACCUGAAUUUCAAUUUCCAGAAAGGGCCACACAAAUAUUCAAGUGGCAAGGUUUUUCAUCCCCGAAAUAGUAUCUUUGAAAAGUUGCACGAAAUUAUAAAGUUCGAAUUAGAAAAGUCCGGAAAUGAGAAACAAGCCCGUCGUCUUGAUGCUUUAGUUAAUACCCUUCCGGAAAUUAAAGAAUUUACGAGUCAACUUAUUUUUAUAUAUCUUGUUGCCAACAGAACUUGCAAAUUUUACGGUGAUUCUGAGAUGUAUGAACAUUCCGAGACUUAUUUAAAUCCGGAAUCAUCUGUUUCAUACAGCAAACUCACAGGUCUUAGUAAUCUUGGAUGUAUCAGUCCUUUCUCAUCAGUGAAAAUGCAAUAUUUGUCUACAACUUCAGUUAAUGCUUAUACAUUCCCAUCGGAGAACAUAGCUCUUAGUAAUCACUGUGCAUCAAGUGUUCUACUGAAGACCAUUCGCACCACCGCUUAUUCGAAUAACAUGUUUAACGUUGACCCUACUGGUGUUCCGAGUAGCAUUCACAUGAAUAACAGUUGGAUAAGGUUCAACAUUCCAAAAGCUUCACGAUGUCCAACAAUUUCUAGUGAUGUAGAUUGUACUCGCCCUUUGCCUAGAGCAUUGGAUGAAGAAGAUGAAGGUUACUGUGAGUCAUUUGUUAGGACAGAUUACCGUUUACUGAAUAAUGAAGACAUAGAAAAUGCCAUAUUUCGUCUUUUUUCUCAAUAUUCUACGGCCAUCGGUCAAAUGCUGGUUAAUGAAAUAUUCUACUCAUCUUUUGAACCAUAUUUCAAGGGGAUUCCGAGUGAUACAACUCUUCUAGCCAACAAAACUUUGGAUACUAUUUUGCCACCAGUAUCUCCAAGUUAUGUCCAGAACUUUUCCUGGGAAUCCAGAGGGAUCGGAUGUCUAAACAAGGAACUACCUUAUUUGAGUGAAACUGGUCCAAUUUCUGCCGAAGCUGUUCUCGCUGCCAAAAAGUCGAGAUUUGGUUUUUUGUCGAGCAAUAGCGAAGCGGAAGAGGCUCAAUCAACUGUAAAGCUCCAGAGUACCACAAUAAAAUUACCACUUACAUACAAUGAUAACUUUCUGCACGAUCUUUUGGUGUUGAGGAUAGGCAUUCAGUCUGAUAGGUUCCAGUUCUUGGGAACUUCCAGACCAAGUCAGACUGAAAAUGUUAAGCACUCUUUUUCAUAUCCACUAACUGGUCAUUUCUUGUGGAUACCACAUAAAUGUGAUCCUAUUACGUUGGGCGUUUCAUCCCAGUGCUUAUCACAUUUCGUCACUGGUCAUAUCAAAGUUGGAACUAAAUACAGACAGCUGUGUUGGUUUGCCCAUCACUCUAUUUCGCUAAUUCCGACUUGUGAAUCUGAUAAGUCUGUUUGGCUUGGACAGAUAUGGGCUUGCUUUAUUCAGGGAUUAAAAACUUGGUUACGUACGUACGAAAACUCGGUUCACUCAGUGUUAUCGAAGCUAUCGAACAUUGGCGAAUCUAAACUUCUUCUUAUUACAGAGAGCUUACAUUAUCUUUCAAAACAGAUUGAGUUUGUCUCCGACUUAUGCAUGCUCAAUUAUGAUCAAUCAAAUGUUUCCACAUAUCCACUGGCUAAACUUCAUGGCAUAGCGUUAUUGGCCUACUUAAUGUCAAAGACAGAUGGUUGUAUGUCUCAUGGAUGUGAACCAAUUGUAAGAUUGUUAUUUAAAGAAGCUGCUCGACCGUUUAUCAAAUUUCUUGAAGUGUUGGCUUUAGACGGAAUUUACGAUGAUAUUGGUAAUGAGUUUAGUUUGAUUGUUUCAAGUGAACAUUUAUUCAAACAAGAUAGUUCAUUUUGGACUGAAAGCUUUCAUUUUUCAACGUACGAUCAAAUACUGAACACUGAUAUUGGGACCGAAAAGCUGAUACGAGUUGCAUUGAGUCAGCUUUUACCAUCCGGAUUUAAAGAGGAAAUCUUGUGUUGUGCUAAGUCUGUGCUGUUGUUGAGGUCAAUCUGUCCAAAGCACUUUCUAUUUCAAACUCGCUCAAAAUUUCCAACACUUGGUUUUCUGGAGACUAUUGAAGAAAUGUCCGAUUAUAAUGACGCAUUCAAAAAAUACCAAAAAUUAUUACAAGAUACAGCCUAUGAACAUACAGCUACAAGAAAGCAAAAGAUUACUCAAAUGAUUAGUGAACGACAAAAUUUCUUGAAAUAUGUGAGUCAAGUUCAAUCAUCAAGAGUCGCAGCCAUUGAAGCUAAACGACGUGAACGAUUAAAGGCAUAUUUAACUAAACAGCAAACUGAAUUCGCUGAUUUAAAGUUAGCGGCUGAAAAUGCGGCUAAACAACGUCAAGAAGCAAUAGAAGCUGAAAAGAAAGCUGAUCAAAUGCUGUUGGAAUCAAUUUCUAUGUCUAAUAAGUAUCGAGAAGAAGUGAUAGCUGAAACCAAAGCUGAAUUAGAAGCAUUUUACACGAAUAUAAUACAACAAGCUGAUGAACGUAGAUUCAGUUUUGAAAAACAUAUUAAAAAUGAUCAUAUUCUUAUUGAGGCAUUGGAACCAAGUGCUAUUAAAGCAUUAGAAUUUAAAGCAAAUCGUUUUGCUCCCAUGAGUAAGGAUAAAUGGAAUGAAAAAUCUUCAGUUGAAAUUACUCCAAGUGUAUUUAAUCAGUCCUCUAAGAUGUGUAUCAUUCCAUCUGAAAUGGUUCAACAAGAAAAUAAUGAUCAUCAACCACAAUUACAAUUUCAUACUGUACAAAAUGAAAAAGAAAAUAACUUAGUUAAACCCGAUAAUUUAUUGAGUGAUGAUCCUUUAACAAUUCUACGUAUUAAAUUUCGUCAGCGUAAUAAAGAUGGAUGCAUAUUCAAAGAUCAAAUGUCAGAGAUAAUUUAUGGAGCUCAUGAAAAAUGUUCAGAUGAAAAAUCGAUUGAGCCUAAAUUUACCAAAUCUGCCGAUGCAAAUAAUUUGAAUACUUUAACAUCUAUGAAAUCCUUUCGGGAACGUAAUACUUUUGGUCACUCUUCUGAUUCAACUAUUCAGCAUAUACUCUAUGGUAAAGGUCUUGGUCCAUCAUCUAGGCCAUCAGUUUGGGAAGCAGAACGUGAGAAAGAGGAUGCAGUUCGCUUAGCUACGGAAUUGCCUGAACCGGACGCAGUCACAUUUUAUAAAGAAGCCUUAGAAUUUUCGGACAAUACGUCACCAGUAAAACCGUUUACCAAAGAAUUCCCAUCACUUGAUCAAAAUUGUCUUUCUGUGUCGUCAAUAUUCAAAAACUCUGAUUCAUCUGUACAGUCUUCAAAUGAACUUGACAAUUUGUUUAAAAAUUCAAAUGGUUCACUAUCAAUGCCCUUAAGUGUACUAAUCAACCGUUCCUUGAUUUGGCCUCUCAGUAUUCACAUGAAACAUGUUAACAAAACACUGUGCAAUUAUUUCAUAUUUGAUCUUCGUCUAUGUGAUCACUUUUAUUGUUUGUAUGAAACUUAUUUCCUAAACAAUGGAAGUUUUGCUCAACCAUUAUUGAAUGCUUUAUUUCAUAAGGCUUCUGGAACAGUUUAUGAUCGUGCCAGCAUAUUUGAUACACAUUAUCUUCAACAGCUUUUAAAAUCAGUCAGUUCAGAAAUGUCAAACCAACAAAUGUUAUCAAAUUUUAAUUCAGAUCUUAAUAAUAAUGAUAAACAUGACGAUGUUUCUGUUAAUUCUCCACUGUUAAACACUACAAACUUGAUUAAGAAUUACUUAGAUUUGAUCUCUUUGUCGUCAAUAUCAACAACAAAACAACUAUCAACUAUUGGUUCUUUAAAUAAUGAUUUCGAUGUAGAAUCAAAUCAUUCUAUAGUUGAUAAUAGUUCAUCUAUUAUUGACCAAUAUGAAUAUAUAUCUUUUAAGAAUUUACAUUUAAUGUAUAAUGCUCCAUGGCCAAUUAAUCUUUGUUUUAAUGUUAAUAUAAUCAAAAAAUACAAUUGUAUAUUUCAACGUUUAAUCCAAUGUCAAUUUGCUUUAUGGGCAUUGAAUUCAUGUAUUAUACAAUUAAAAAAUGAUCGUAAUUAUUGUUUAAAUCAUUUAUUAAAUUUAAGAAAUAUCUCUUCAUCUUCGACUUUAUCAUCAUCAUCACCAUCAUCAUCAUUCAUUACUCUAUUUGAUCAAUUAUCAAAAUCAUUUCAUUCUAUCUAUUUAUGGUUACAUGAAUUACAUCAAGUUAUUCAUAGUUUAAAUAUGCAUUUAUCAAAUCAUGUUAAUGCAUGUUGGAGUAAAUUUAUGAAAUAUUUAGGAUUAUCUAAUACAUUUUAUAAUUUUAUGUCCGAAGGUAAUUCAUUUAAAAUGUAUAAACAUAUCAUAGAAAAUAUUAUGGAUAAUGAAGAAUCUAUUAAAAGUGAACAAAUUAACAAUUUGAAUGUGUUGUUCAAUGCACAUGAAAAUUAUUUGAAUGAAAUUCUAUCUGGGCUUUUGCUGGAUGUAUCAGAUAGUGAAUUAAAUCUACUUUUCCAAGGUUUGCUGACAUGUGCACAUCAGUUUCAUCGUGCUUUAUUAACAGGAAGAUGGAUUGUUAAAUCAUCGCAUCAUCAGUUUAGUGAUAUUGAUGGUACUCAACAACAGUUAUUGAGUAAUGAACAGAUUGAGCAUACAGAAUGGAGGCAGUUGUAUGCGGUUCAUGCAAGUUUUCGAAGUUACAGUCAAUUUUUAAGACGUCGUGUUAAUCGAUUACUUGUUCAUGAUACUACUGAUGGAGGUAGCAGUGUUAGAAGCGCUAGGUCAAAAUUGGCACAGUUAACUAUAAUAUUUGGUUUAAAUGAUUUUUAUACUUCGACAAAUGCUGAAUUAAAUAUUAUUUGA